UUGAAUGACCAUUUUAAUAUCAUUUGACUUUUUAAAAAAGUUUAUUUUAGGUUCAAGGGUACAUGUGCAGGUUUAUUGUGUAGCUAAAUUUAUGUCACAGAGGUUUGUUGUACAGGUUAUUUCAUCACCCAGGUACUAAGCCUAGCACCCAAUAGGUUUUUUUUCCGAUCCUCUCUCUCCUCCCACCCUUCACCCUCAAAAGUGCCUUUCACCUCCCGCCAUGAUUCUGAGGCCUCCCCAGCCAUGUGGAACUAAUUUAUGAUUUAUGAAUAUGUCUGUUAACAAAUCACCUAUGAUUAAUACAUGUGGAGGCAUAUCUUCCCCUUAUCAUGAAGAGCUCUGGAAAUUAAAUUUUCAACAUUUAAGUGGAGAAAGGGGUCAUAAAUCAAGGCCAAUAUUUUCAAUCACAAAAGAAUUCAUCUUGAGAUUCAAUCAAACACAGAAUUCCAAAGAGAAGGAAGAAUUGUUGGAACUAGCUAGAAAAAUCAUUUUCAGAUGUAAGAGAAAAUUGGGUCUCAAAACCCUGGGCUGUGGAAAGCAUGUGCAUCUUCCUGCUGCAUGGACUGAAGUAAUAUAUCUGGCUCAAUGCAAAGGGGAAAUCCAAGAUGAAGCUUUAAAUAUGCUUUAUGCAUCUCUGGACCAUGCUUCCUUUGAUUAUGAUCAUCUGCCUGCCUUGUUUUUUGUUGCGGAAUCGGUUUUAUACAGACUCUGUUGUGAUGCAUCCCUCAAAACAUAUUUAUAUUCAGUUGAAAUAAAGCUGGCAAAGAUUGGCUAUUUGGUCUUCUUACGACUUUUUAUAUUUUUCCUGCAUGGUCAUCUAGAAAGUUUUAAACAACAUUUACUUAGGCUUCAACCAUAUUUAUACGCACUUUCUUUCUCUGGAGCAUCAUAUCACAAGUAUCCAAACAUCUUCUCAAAUGUGCAAUACCUGAAAGCCUUGGAAAUUAUAGGUAAAAGAGAACUCCGUUCUGAAUCCAUUUUUAGCCCUGUGGAAAAUAAGAAAAGAUAUGAGAAAACAGAUUCUGAUAUGGGAGGAUAUGAAAUUAACCACCUGCUCUGGCACUGUGUUGCUGCUUGGUCUUGUGUUCAGAAUAACAGUCCUCAGUUGAAUAACGUGCUUGAACAUCUCGUCUUCCAUAAGACACAGCUUCAAAAGAAAUGCUGGUUGGAUUCAGUACUGGCUUUACUGGUCCUUGGGGAGGCUGCCAAAUUAAACAUGGCCUGCUUGAAAGCUUUAAUGGACAUAGUGAGAGAUUUUGUUUCAAGCAUUAUGUCUGUUCAAAAUCAGGAAGAAAGUUGCAAGGUAGAUGAUUUUUCCUGGGCCUGGAAUGUAGUCUACAUAUAUACAGUAAUUCUUGCAGAAAUCUGCUUGUAUGCAGCCACUUCUGAUUUGCGAAAAACUGCUUUAAUUGGUUUCUGUCACUGUAAAAGUUCACAAAAAAAUAUUUUAUGCUUGGACAAAUCAGUACCUCCAGAAUUAAAGGAAACAAGUAUUUUAAGUCUUUUGGAAUAUUUCUCUUCAAAAAUGUCAGAGAAUUGUGAUCAAGUAGUCUGGACUGGUUACUAUGGCUUAGUGUAUAACCUGGUGAAAAUUUCAUGGGAACUUCAAGGAGAUGAAGAACAGGAUGGACUUAGAAACAUGAUAUGGCAAACAUUGCAGAAAACAAAGGAUUACGAGGAAGAUGUACGAAUCCAAAAUGCAAUCAAUAUAGCUCAGGCUGAGUUAAAUGACCCAACCGAUCCUUUCACUAGGUAUAGUACAAAUAUUUCGUCAGAUGUAAGAGAAGAAGUUUUCUCCAAAUAUAUUGGGUGGAGAAUUUCCAACACUCUUUCCAAAUUAUUCUUUCCCCCCAUUGAGGCCCAUGUUCUUCCUCUGAAGAAACCAUCAAUAAAACAGGAUCAAACAAAAUAUCCAAAUAAAAAGCUGGAGUCUGUGAAAAAGCAAGUUCUACAUUUCACUGUAAGGGAACAUCCUUCUGUAUCAGAAAUUCCCAUGUUUCCAUAUCCAGAUUUCUUCACCAAGGCAGAUAAAGAGUUGGCAAAAAUCAUUGACCAUCACUGGCAGGAAGAGCUAAAGAUCCGAGAAAAAGAAGAUGCAAUAUACAAAGCCCAAGAACUUAAAGAUAAAAAGUUAGCAGAGAAAAAUCACUUUCAAGAAGUUAUGAAGAAAAGAGAAGAGAAACUACAUAAGCAAACCAAGCCCUAUGAGCUUCCUUAUAGGAAGGAAGUAAUUUAAUUAGAAAAGAAAAUGCCACCUCCCAAAAUUGAGGUCUACAUGGCAGAAAUACAUAAGAUGAAAAAUAGCAAGAUAGCUACAUAGUAAGAGAACUUUCUUUUCAUUAAAUUGAGGUAUUGUUUAGAAAGAAUUUGUUAUCCUGAUACAAGCUGUUUAAUAGUUAUUUCUUAGUUCUAAAUUAAUGACCAACUUUUAAUCACACUUGAAGUGAUUUCAGUAGUCAAAAAUUUCCAAGACUACAUCUAGUAUUUUUCUCAAUUGACAUUUAUCUCAUGAUUGUACAGCAUACUUGAUAACUGAUUCUCAGAACAUUGAUAUUCAUCAGUUUGAUGGAAAUUCAUUACAAAUUAAUUAAUGAGUUGCCAUAUAAGAAUUAUUUCUUGAAAACAGAAUGAACAUAAGCUAACAAUCCUGUAAUUAACUAUUAUUCAAAUAAAAACAGUAUGGCAUCUUAUUUGAUUGGCAUUUUAUAGUCAAUUUAUACCAAACCAAACAAACCCUACUUCAGAGAUUUGAAUCUGGAAGGGCUGGUCAUCUUAGAUUGAUUGGCUUGAUCUUUAACAGAUGCCAGAGGGGAUUCAUGAGAGAUGGUGGUUUUACUCUGUCCUGUGAGUUUAUGAGAAUGAAUUCAUAUGAUCCUGGAAGGUCCAGGAGCAACUGCUGAAGACAUUCAUACAAAUAGGAGUUAUUUUAGAAAUGGAACUUCACUUCAUCUGAAGUUCUGAACCUAUGAGUAAGAGUAAUAGGGUGGAGUUUUUGUGAUGUCUUAUAUUCCUUUCCUGAAAACUAAAAAAUAUAGAUAAUACUCAUACCUCAAUUUCACACAGGUGACUUGGUGAUACUCAAGAGACAGAGAUUUUUAUCAGGGGUGUCAAACUCAAAUGACUACCAGGUCAGAAAGAUAACAUAAAUUAGUGAAGCCGGCUAAUGAAUACCUAUCCCAUCUAGAGAAAUUUCCCACCACUCGGUUACAUUCCAAAAUGUACGUCAGUAUUGUAAAAUCAUCCAGCCUUUAGAGAAGCUUUUAAAUGGGAUUAUUUUUCAAAAUAAAAGUAGCUAAGUAACCAAAUGUUGGCAACUAAUUUUUUAAUAGCAUAUCUAUCUUCAAGUUAAGUUUGUUCCAUGGGCCAAAGUUUGUGACCUAUAUUAUGUGAAUUUAGGUAUCAUUCUUUGUUUAAGAUAACAAUACCAUAUGGCAGAAAAAUGUUGCGUGUAGGUUGCCGUUUUGAUUUCCUGUAUAGCUAAUUCAAACUUAUGUUUCUCUUUCUAAACCUUUUAUCUUAUCCUUGUGUUCUCAAAUGGAGACUAUGCAAGUUCCUAGAAAUAUCUCCCAAUACACCUUUCCAAAUACCUUCCUCCAUCUUUGCUUUCUUCACUUGUAAAAAAAAAAAAAAUCUAUAGAAGACCAGCUAGUCCCUUUUCUCCAAAUCUUGUCUCUUCCAAAAUCUUGUUCCAUCAACUAUUCACUAUCUCCUCCUGAGUCCCUCUUCAUCACUCACUCCUAAACCCAUCGAGGUUUCAAUUUUCUCCCAUCCUUCCAUCCAAACCUCUCUCUCAUUAAAGCCAUCAGUGACAUGAGCCUUACCAAACUCUGAACGUCCUUCUAAUUUGUAAUCUUUUUAUUGUUUUUUUAUUUUUAUUGUAAUAAAAUAUUUUUGUUAUUUUUAUUGUAAUCUUUUUAUUAUUUGUAGCAAGAUAUAACAACUAAGCUGUAAGUUUUAAUAAGGGGACUCUGGAGAUCUAACUGCUACUUACAAGAAUUUCAACAAAUCCUGCUGUUUCAGCACCAUCUUUGUAAAAGAAACCUGGUAUUUCCAAUUUCUGAAACUUUUCUAGCAUUCUGAGGCAUGGUCCUUAAGGCCUCCUCACUGCAGACUUAGGUUUAUGUUUUCUCUGCUCUGCUUAGCGUAUUUCUACCUGUUCACCUUCUUUCUUACUUCCACAAUUUUCUUAAUACUUCCAACAUGCUAUUAUCUUUUUUUCUUGUGGCUUCAUGCCUUUUUUAAAGUAACCCUUUUUAUGUCAUAGUGGUGAUUUGGAAAGGAGCUAAAAAAAAUCUUUAUAUAUAGAUAUAUGGAGAAAGAAAGAAAAGGAGAGAGAGAGAUGAUUAAUCAGAAUACUGACACCUUUAUUCUUAAAUUAUUUUUUAAAUUCUUAAUAUUUGGCAACAUGCAUUUCUCAUGGUCUUUCUGCUAUUUCGCUGAUUCUUUUUGCAAUAUUAGCAAAGACUGUGGGGUGUAGAUCUGGAAUCACACUCUAGUUACGCCUUCUGCCAACUACGGAACAUUAGGCACGUUACUGAACCCGUUUUCAUUUCCAUUUACUCAUUUAUAAAAUUGACACAAUUUAUGUAAAGAGUGAUAUCAUUUAGAAGCUAAUUAUUAGGAAAGAAAGCAAACCUGUCAACCAUUUUAACAGAGAGAAUUUAAUGUAAGAAAUUAUUUUCAAAGAUGUUAGAAACUGAAUAAAUGGAAAGGGAACAUAGCAAUAACACAGAAACAGUAGCUCCAGGAAACUGCUACCACAUUUGGAGCCACGGAAUCAGAGAGAAGAGGUUUGCAUUGUUAAAAUCGAAGGGAUGUAGAAGGCACUUCACACAGCCGGACUCGGAUCCUUGAUGGGGAGACAAUGCCCGGUUAUUGCUGGUACUUUUGAGGGGGCACAAUACAACUGGUUCUGGGAGUGCAGAAAAAAGUGAAAACUGAAACAACUUGUAUCUUGCUGAAACCACACUAUCAGAAAGAGUGAGAAAACUAGAAGAAUCAGGUGUUUUCUUCCCUCUCAUGCUGAAACUCUUUCUGAUGUGCUUCCUGUUCUCCAGCAUCACAAAGCAGAGAAAACAAGGGUGGACUUGGAGACGAAAGACACUAGUUAAAUAAAUGAACAUUGUAUGGCUUAGAACAUUAUCAGACCAUUCAAUAAAAGUUAACUCUCCUUUCUUUUCUUUUGCAUCUUCGGCCUUGUUUUCUGCUUAUUCUGCAAGUUUACC